CAUAUUUUUACAGCUACUGAGGUCACCAUCGAUUGAUUGACUGAAUUCAUAAAUUAGAAUUAAAUACUAAAUUUUGUUAUGAUUGAAGGGAAAACAAUGUUUGGCGUAGCUGCUGUUGGAGCGUCCGUAAUAGUGGGUUAUGGCCUUUACAAGUAUGUACAAGGCAGACAGAGUGCUCGAAAAGUAAAAGAGGCAGUCGAUCAGAUGAUAGAAAGCAUUGACAAGCCAAAUGUUUAUAUCAGGAAUUAUGUUGGUGUGAGAGAAAAACUCAAGAAACUCUACGAGGGAGGUCCUGAAAAGCUGCAGAUAAUAUCAGACUUUGAUAAGACUCUCACAAAAUUUGUCAUCAAUGGGGAAAAAGGCUGCACAGUGUAUGGUGUGAUUGAGAGCUCUAAGCAGUUCCCAGAAUCAUACAGAGAAAAGGCCAAACAACUUAAAGAAAAGUACAUGCCAAUUGAAUUCUCACCGGACCUUUCAUCAGACGAAAAAGAACCCCACAUGAUAGAAUGGUGGACCAAGUCACAUGGGUUACUCACCGAGCUUGGUUUGAAGAAGAAUGACAUCAGUCAAAUGGUAGAAGAAGCACCAAUUGCACUGAGAGAUGGUGUGGAGUGGUUCUUUGUCAAACUUCAUGAGAAGAAAGUUCCUGUCCUUAUUAUAUCUGGUGGUCUUGGAGAUCUAAUCAAAGAGGUCAUUGAUCAACAAAGUACUCUGUAUGACAAUGUUACCAUCAUUGCCAACUUCUUUAAAUAUGAACAGGGAGUGAUGGUAGGUUUUAAGGAGGAACUUCUCUUCAGUAACAACAAGAAAGAGAGAACUAAAGACCUGCCAUACUUUGACAAAAUUAAGGAACGUACAAAUGUCAUUGUGAUGGGAGACCUGCCAGAUGAUGCUCACGUUUCAGACAGUCCUAAAUACACUGAGGUUACCCUAACAGUGGGUUUCCUGAAUGAGAAGGUUGAUGAACAUCUGAGUAACUACAUGGAUGCCUUUGACAUUGUGAUUGUUGAUGAUCACAGUAUUGAACUUGUGGAUCUUCUUCUAAUGCCAAUCUUGAGGGCCUAGAUGUCAUGGAGAAGUUGUUACUCUGAAGAGAUUUCCAUUAAGUUAACGGAAGAUAGAUUUGAACCUAGAAGGAGUGUGAACACAGGGGUUUGGGGUAGUUUAAUGAAUGAAAGAAUUAGUAUGGAAUGCAAGGUUUGGUUUUAAGUUAGAUAUUAGAUUACAGUUGUAUUUAAGUUUUACUGUUUAGUACUAAGGGUGUCAUUGAAGUCAACUAAACAUUUGUGCAAGAGACAUUCAGUGGUUCUUUACAAUAAGAGCUUGUAAGGAAGGGGCUGUUUAUGAUAGAACUUUGAUAAGAACUUUGCUCUUACAUAGAAAAAAAGCAGCCAAGGAGAAGCCAAAGAAGGUUGUGUUUGGUUAAUUUUGGAAGUUAGCAGUAAGAUAAGAUGCUGUCAAUAGGACUGUUUGUGGUUAAUAGACUGGGCCAGGUUUUUCAAAGCUGGGUUGGUAUACCCCAGGUUAAGUGCAAAAUUUGAUUUCAGAUCUCAAAGCUUCAAUAGAAAAUUUAAAAGAAAAAAGAAUUUGAUCAUUGGAUGCUCUACAGAGAAUAGAGAAAAUUAUCCCAAAAAGGCUUUUGAACAAAGGAUUAAAGAAACCCACAUAAAAAAUUUAACCCUGGGUUAGCAUUAACCAGCC